UCCUGCCAGCCCAGCCCGGCCCAGCCAGUCACGCUGAUGGAGGCCCUCUGGCAAAAUGGACUAUAUUGUUUUUGAGCUCCUGCCUUCUCAGUGCUUCUUGUCUGCUGCCUUUCCCUUCACGAUAUGACUUCAGAAGGCUGGUCAAAGGCAUUUGUUGUCAGUUACAUCAGUUAUUUGAUAAAAGCUCUGCUCCGGCCUCAGGAAUGUCUGCGGAGCCCAGCUCCUCCUCCUCCUCCUCCUCCUCGCCGCCGUGCCCCGGCCCUGCGCCGCCCAGCUCGCUGCACCUGCCCGAGAGCCGGCGGCCGCGGGAGCGCUCGCCGUCCCCGCUGCGGGGCUGCCUCAUCCCCAGCCCGCUGCCCACCCGCCGCACGCGGACCUUCUCGGCCACGGUGAGAGCCUCGGAGGGGCCCAUCUACAAAGGGGUCUGCAAGUGCUUCUGCCGCUCCAAGGGCCACGGCUUCAUCACGCCCGCCGACGGAGGGCCCGACAUCUUCGUGCACAUCUCAGACAUUGAAGGCGAGUACGUUCCCGUGGCAGGCGACGAGGUCACCUACAAGAUGUGCACCAUCCCUCCCAAGAACGAGAAGCUGCAGGCAGUGGAGGUGGUGAUCACCCACCUGGCCCCUGGCACCAAGCACGAGACCUGGUCAGGGCACGUCAUCAGCUCCUGAGGCGUCCCCUGGAGCGUGGCUGCUGCCAGGUGGGCUCUGCUCAGCAACUGGCUGCAGGACCUGCCUGAAGAAUUCCGUGUGUGAGGAAAUACUGCAUUGUCAAUAAAGCAGAUGCAGGCCAAAAUUACCAUUUUUUACAGCUGGCCUGAUUUAAAAAAAAAAAAAAAAAGGCAAUUCAAAUGCUAAUGAAAAAAAUCUAGCGUAAUGUGUUUACAAGAAAUGUAUUUAAAGAGACCUAGUUUGUGUGCUUGGUGGAGGAGGGGAGGUUUGGGUUUUCUUUUGUCUUGUGAACUGAUUCCAGGAAAUGCCCAGGGGAAGGGGGGAGAGGUUUCAAGGAGAGCUCUGCUGGUGCAGGUGGCCCGGCCCAGCUCUGAGCUCCUUGGGCUGCUCUCCAGGGCUGCAGCACCUUUAUUGCUGAUUUAGUGCCUGAAUGCCCUGGCUGACACACAGAGGUGUUCAUUGCUGACUUGUUUUCCUCAUGGAAGGAAGCUCACAAACAGAGCAGCUGCCACAGGGUGGAAGAUCUCCAUCAGGGGGUUGUGCUCCAGUGCCCAUCGGGUGCACCCCUGCAAAUGGUGUGGAAACUGGUAAAGCUGGGGUUGUUUGUGACUUUAUUUAGGUGCCUUGAUGGUUGAUUAGCAACAGAUUUUAUAGGCCAGUAUUAAAAAAAAGAAUCCAUCCCAAAUUUAAAUUUGCUCCAAGGUAAGUGGUAGAAAACGGUAGAGUAGUGGAUACUUCGCAGCCUCAGAGGGUGUCUGAAUUUUGAGCAGGCUGAAGAUUUGCCUUCCAGACUGCAUGCAGCUGACUGGCAUGGUGUGCCAGGGGCAGGCAGGGCACCUGCACUGCUGCACAGCAGGUGUGUUAAACACUGACAGUUCUCAGCUGUCUUGGUGAAGUAAUUCUGCAUCUGUUUCCCUGGCAAACUCCCUUGGUAGGAUGUGAUAGGGCCACCCUUCCCCAGACUUUUGUGUAGUUGUAGUGCUACUAAAUUGGUUUUGUUCCUAUUUGCCUUCCAUAUAUAUUUUUUUCUUUCAAAUGAAGAAAUUUUCUCUGUUAUUUUCCUAACAGUGGAUUUUUAUUGACUUUGCAAAUAAAAACAAACAAAAAAAGGCAGAACUCUUGUUAGUUGUAUGGAACAGUGUAGCUUCAGUUGUGUAUUUGGAGCUUCACCAAGAGGUGCUGGCUGUCAGGAGCUGUCCUGAGCCUUUCACAGCAGCUGAUCUGUGCCCAGCUGUGAUGUGGGGUCAGAACUGCUGUGCUGGCUGUUUUCCCUUAGCUGUGCCUGUUACACUGUGGUGUGCUGGGGUUUGGGUUUGGUUCUGUUUUUAUGACCCAUAAGCCUUGGUAGUGGUGGGUUUAUCACUGUGCAGCUUGUUGGAAUAUCACCCCCUGCUUUCUUUACAAUAAAUGCAACCAUUUCAGUGCUUC